UUUAGUCAGGCAUCUAAACCAAAAAAAAAAAAGAAACCCUACCGAACGUUCCCUUAGCCAACCGAAACGGCGAAACCCUUUCGCCACUCUUUCAUCCUCUCUUCUCUUCUCUUUCUCGAUCUUUCCUCCCUUCCUCCUUCUCUCUCGUCUUUGCGCACUGUUCUUCAAAAUCGAGUUUAGAUCCGUGUCUCUUUUGCUUGAAAUUCCGUGUUUUAUCUUCUUCGUUUGAAUCUACCGAACAGUUUUUGUCCCUUUCAGCGAAUUAGGGUUUCGAUCUGUUUUCCGUUUUUGUUCUCCUUUUUGUUUGCUCAAAAUUGAAAAAAAAAAAAGAAAAAGUUUCUUUAUUUUUUUUUCAUUUUUUCCGUUUUCCCGGAUUUCUCUCGUGAUUUUUGUUCUAAUCCAAAUUUGAUCACUUAUGAUUUGCUAAAUCGGUUUGUUCCUUGUCACGGUUGCUUGCAUUUGUUCUGACUUCCGGUUAAAUUCAAGCUUGCGUAUCUUUGGGGUCGUUUUUUGGUUGUUUUAUUGCUGAAACCGAUGGAUACUCGGAGCCCUAACGGAUCUUCGCCGCAGCAAUCACAGUCUCUGAAGAAAUACGGAAUCACGAAACCGAUAUCCCUCGCUGGGCCAAGUGAGGCUGAUGUUCAACGGAAUACGGAAUUAGAGAAGUUUUUGAUAGAGUCAGGGCUUUACGAGAGCAAAGAAGAAGCUGUGAAAAGAGAGGAGGUUCUCGGGCAUAUCAAUGAGAUUGUAAAAAGUUGGGUAAAGCAAUUAACUCGUCAAAGGGGCUACACGGAUCAGAUGGUGGAGGAAGCAAAUGCUGUCAUUUUCACUUUUGGGUCUUACUGUUUAGGGGUGCAUGGACCUGGGGCUGACAUAGACACUUUGUGUAUUGGGCCAUCUUAUGUGAACCGAGAGGAAGAUUUCUUCAUCAUUUUGCAUGAUAUAUUGGCUGAAAUGGAAGAGGUCACUGAACUUCAACCGGUUCCAGAUGCUCAUGUCCCUGUAAUGAAAUUUAAGUUUCAAGGGAUAUCAAUUGAUCUUCUUUAUGCAAGUAUAUCUCUUUUGGUUGUUCCAGAUAACCUUGAUAUCUCACAUGGGUCUGUGCUGCAUAAUGUUGAUGAGCAAACUGUUCGAAGUCUUAAUGGGUGCAGGGUUGCUGAUCAAAUCCUUAAACUCGUUCCAAAUGUUGAGCACUUCCGCAUGACGCUUAGAUGUUUGAAGUUCUGGGCCAAAAGGCGUGGUGUUUAUUCCAAUGUUACUGGAUUCCUAGGUGGUGUGAAUUGGGCGCUUCUGGUUGCACGGGUGUGCCAGCUGUAUCCCAAUGCAAUACCUAGUAUGCUGGUUUCUCGAUUUUUUAGAGUAUAUACUCAGUGGAGAUGGCCAAACCCUGUUAUGUUGUGUUCAAUAGAAGAGGAUGAACUUGGCUUUCCCGUUUGGGAUCCUCGAAAGAAUCCUCGGGACCGGUUUCAUCAUAUGCCAAUAAUAACUCCUGCAUACCCUUGCAUGAAUUCUAGUUACAAUGUCUCUAUAAGUACUCUUCGCGUAAUGAUGGAACAGUUCCAAUGUGGUAAUAGAAUAUGUGAGGAGAUUGAGCUGAAUAAAUCUCAAUGGAGUGCUUUGUUUGAACCUUAUCUUUUCUUUGAGGCAUAUAAAAACUAUCUACAAGUUGACAUAGUUUCAGCAGAAGCUGAUGAUUUGCUGGCAUGGAAAGGCUGGGUGGAGUCACGACUUAGACAGCUUACCUUGAAGAUAGAGCGGGACACAAAUGGGAUGUUGCAGUGCCAUCCUUACCCAAAUGAGUAUGUAGAUACGUCCAAGCAAUUCCCACAUUGUGCUUUCUUCAUGGGCUUGCAGAGGAAAGAGGGAGUGAGUGGUCAAGAAGGUCAACAAUUUGACAUACGUGGGACAGUUGAUGAGUUCAGACAGGAGAUAAGCAUGUACAUGUAUUGGAAACCAGGAAUGGAUAUUUAUGUUUCUCAUGUUCGUAGGAGGCAGCUCCCUGCCUUUGUUUUCCCUGAUGGAUAUAAACGGCCUCGAUCAUCGAGGCAUCCUGGCCAGCAGACUGGGAAAAUUUGUGAAGAUAUUACAAGGUCCCAGUCAGGGUCUGUAGAAAGACAAAUUAAGAGAAAACAUGAAGAUGAAGCAUUGGAUGAAAAAAUGGACAAACCAGAUAAGCGGUCCUCAAUUAGCCCCCAGCGGCUGGAGUCUGUUUCACCCGAAAGUAGUGCAAGUAGGUCUGGUGGAACAUCUCAUAUUAGCGAUGGUCAAGUGGUUACACUAGAGCGCCCAACAACUUGGGAUGUUGAUAGCAAUUCUGUGCUUAGGCAGUCUAGUGGGCUGUUGGACAGUGAAAAAAGAAAUGUGGGGAUUAGCAUCCAGCAGGCUAGAACUGUUGAUCAAGGGUCCCUCACCUUAAGUGGGCAGACUUCUUUAGAUGUUGUACAUAAUCUGUCUGUAGUUAGAAAUGUAGAGUCAGCUGAACAGAUGGGGGAACCUUUUCUAAGGCAAGAGUCGCAUUCUCCAUGUGAAGUUCCUGAUUCUGAAUUGAGGGAAACGUGCAAGACUGGAGUGAAUCAAGAGAAAACUGGGGAUUUAGGAUCAGCUUACAUGAAUGAUGCAGAGACUGGAUCUUCUAGGAGAAUUUUAAACUGGAAAGGAGGUGGCGUUGGGGUUGAUCAAGAGGUAGUCAAACCAUGUAAUCAAACAGCAGUAGUAGAAAUUGCUGAAAGUGUAUUUGGGUCAAGUUCCAAUGCGCAGAACCUCAAUUGCGAGGGUGUUGUCUGCAGUGCAGAUUUGGAUUCACUUCUGGAAAAUGGACAUCUAAAUGCAAAUGGUGUUUUCCAAAACAGCUUGUCUGAAGAAUUAAAGCCAAAUAUCGCACUUGGAAAGGUUGUAAAUUCUCAAGAUGGAGCUAGGUCAGAAACUUUGCAGAAGCCAGUGAUGAGGCAUGUGUUUUUGGAACUUCUGUUUUGUUUAUGCAAAUUAUGAUCUCUUUAUGCUGUUCUUUUUGGUUUUUGAUUAUUUUUAGCAGGUUGAGUUUGAAGUCUAUGGCAUAAUGUGUUGUAGAUGAUGCAUUUGGAGAAUCUUUCUUACCAAAGGGGUAGGGCCAGCACCUCGGUAAGUGUCACAUUAAUUGCUGGCUUUCAUUAUGAUUUUACAGGUAUGAACCUGGGUGUGACUGGAUUGGGAGCAUAUUUGGCCAUGUGGUGGAGAGUUGGGUUGUUUGGCUCAUACUAUUAAGUGUGUUGUGCUGUGUGUGGUUUUAGCUGAGGGGCCAAGAAGCUAUUGAAGUGUGCUGGUGCUUUAAAGACUGCUAUCUCAUUUUUUGCCACUGAGUGUUGUGGCAUGCUUCUUGCCUCAGUUUAUGGAUGAGUCAUUCUUAAUUGAGAAAAUUGUAAAUAAACAAAGGGGUGGUGUUGUAUCAUUAGAUCUUUGUAACCUUAUGUAAUCCUUUGUACAUUUCCACUAAUACAGUUUAUCAAUGCUUUUUAAUUAGUUAAA